GGGGGAGGAGGGAACUACUUUUUGGAAACUUGUUAUGCUGCCCACGAUCUCGAGCUGCAGUGAUUCGCCUGCGGGCCGUGGCUUUUAGGUCUCUCCCCUCCCGCCCCGCCACCUCGCCGGAGGCCCCGUGCCGCCCGCUCGCAGCCGCGCCCCACGUCCGCCCUCCCGCCGGCUCCCGCGCGAGCCCCGCCGCCCCAGAAGUCGCGAGGGACUAUUUCGCCUGCCUCUCCCGCGGGCGCCCCCGGUUCGCGCGGCGGAAGGAGCGGGCGGCGUGAGAGCUUCCGCCGCCCCCCUUGCGGCUCCCCUCUCGCGGGCGUGAGGAGCGGGCCCGCGGAGCUGCGCUGGUCUCGGCCCUGCUCGCCGCCGCUCGGCGCUGUGCCCUCGGGCUCGGACGGCCGCUUCGCGCCCUGCCCGCCACCCCCAUCUGGAGCGCGUCUGAGGGGAGCCCCUGAGGGCCGACCGGGCGCGCCGCGCGGGCAGCCGGCGGCCAGGCGGGAGAUGGUGCGCGGCACCUCGGCGGGACCGCGCCGCCGCCCGCAGCCAGCGCUCGGCUGCCCCCCGCCGGCCCCCGUCGCCCUCCUGUCGUCGCGCCCCUGAGAGAGCAAGCAGCACCGCCUCAGCCGCCGGCCGCGUCCCUUUCCAGCGCCCGCAGCCGCCCGCGCCGUCUCGGCGUCGCACCCGGCCUCGGCGCAGCGAACCGCUGGGGUCGCCACGGCCGCGCUCGCUGCCGCCGCCCCCCUGCGGGGGUGGCCGGGCUGCCCGGCUCGCGGGGCGCCGCUCCCGGUGAGGCGUCCACCAUGGUGAGGCCCCCGAGCCGCUGCCCGCGCGCCCCGCCGGCCGCCGCCGCCUGCCGCCCCUCGGUGCCGCCGCUGCCGCUGCUUCCCAGCCUGCUGUUGCUCCUCCAUCUCCUGUGCGGAUCGCGGUGAGGGAAAGAUGAGCGAGGAGACGGCGACUUCUGACAACGAUAAUAGUUAUGCACAAGUGCGAGCUGUGGUGAUGACCAGAGAUGACUCAAGUGGUGGAUGGCUACCACUCGGAGGGAGCGGACUGAGCAGCGUCACUGUCUUCAGAGUCCCUCAUCAGGAAGAGAAUGGCUGUGCAGACUUCUUUAUCCGUGGAGAGAGACUCAGGGACAAAAUGGUGGUUUUGGAGUGUAUGCUUAAAAAAGACCUCGUUUAUAAUAAGGUCACUCCCACAUUUCACCACUGGAAGAUCGACGACAAGAAGUUCGGCCUUACCUUUCAAAGUCCUGCUGAUGCCAGGGCUUUUGAUCGAGGCAUUCGAAGAGCUAUAGAGGAUAUUUCUCAAGGGUGCCCAGCAUCAAAAAAUGAAGCUGAAGGAGGAGAAGACGAUUUACAAACCACUGAAGAGGACACUUCUCGUUCCUUAGUAAAAGAUCACCUUUUCCAGCAAGAGACAGUUGUUACCAGUGAUCCUUACAGAAGCUCAGACAUAAGACCUUUACCCUUUGAAGAUCUGAAUGCCAGAGGAGUUUACUUGCAAAGCCAAGGCAGCCAGAUACCGUUCAGUCAGCAAGGCCUAGACAUUCAGAGUCGAAGUAUGGAAUAUGUACAGCGGCAAUCUAAGGAGUGUGGGAGCCUAAAGUCCCAAAAUAGGGUCCCUUUGAAGUCAAUCAGACACGUCAGCUUUCAAGAUGAGGAUGAGAUUGUCAGAAUAAAUCCUCGAGAUAUCUUAAUACGUCGGUAUGCAGACUACAGACAUCCGGACAUGUGGAAAAAUGACUUGGAGAGAGAUGAUACUGACUCCAAUAUUCCAUUUUCUAAACAAGACAGUAAAAAAUCAGACUAUCUCUACCACUGUGGAGAUGAAACUAAGUUAAGUUCCCUGAAAGACUCUGUGGUAUUUAAGACACAGCCUCCCUCGUUAAAAUUUAAGUCAAAACGAAGAAAAGAGGAUGGGGAACGUUCUCGCUGCGUGUACUGCCAGGAAAGGUUUAAUCAUGAAGAAAAUGGCAGGGGAAAAUGCCAGGAUGCUCCAGAUCCUGUUAGAAGAUGCAUAUAUCAAGUUAGUUGCAUGCUUUGUGCAGAGAGCAUGCUGUAUCAUUGUAUGUCAGACUCAGAGGGAGACUUUUCUCACCCUUGUUCAUGUGACACUAGUGAUGACAAGUUCUGCCUAAGAUGGUUAGCCCUGGUAGCGCUGUCCUUUAUUGUACCAUGUAUGUGCUGCUAUGUCCCUUUGAGAAUGUGCCAUCGCUGUGGUGAGGCAUGUGGGUGCUGUGGUGGGAAACAUAAGGCUGCUGGGUGAAGCAGUCCAGGGCCAGCAGGAGCUUAAAAUCUUCAUCUCCAGGAAUUAGCUAACUUGGAUUUGUGGAAGCUGUUGGCAGGCAGUAUGGAAUCUUGCCUGGUUCAUUGGGGCCAUGCGUGGAGGAAGCAGAACUCAUCAGUUCUUGUGACUUACAGAUGCUUGCCAUGCCUGAUGUUUUCCUGAGUGCGUGGCAUGUUCUGGGACAGAUCAUAGAUCAUUGGCAGAAGAAAGUCAUUUCUGGUUAUUGAUUACAAAAGGUCAACAUAGAAUAUGAUCCAACUAAAAGGGAUUAAUUUUGGCAUUUUUAUAUUUAUGCACUAGGUGACGGGACUUUUUAAAGAUUUGAAUUUUUUUAAGACAUUAACUAAAAAGUGCACUAAGGAACAGGUUUCAGUACAGAAAAGUUAAUACUUGGAAAUUUAAAAAGAUAAAACAAGUGCAACUAAAUCAUGUAUUAGUUGUUUUUUGAAAGCAGUUUUAUGUAUAAGUAACAAAUGUUUAUAUUUAACUAAAUGUAAGGUACGAACUAUGACAUAUUAUUAAACUUUUCUUGCCCUUCCUAGUUCUGAGGUAGAUGUGCAUAUAUCUACCAUCACAUUCCAUAUAUUUUGAGUACUUAACUCAUCUAGUUAAUAACGUUUGUAUCCAUGUGAAAGAUUUGAUAUGUUCAUCCUCAUUUCUCUUUGGCUGCAGUUUAUAUUGAGUUACUAUCUGUACAUUCUGGAAAUCUAAACUCUUUAAAAUACUCUAAUAGCCUUGAGUGACCAAUUUUUUUUUUAAGCACAGGUGUAAUUGUCUAAUGUUCUGAUGGAAACAUAACACUUAUUUUUAUAUAAAGAGACUGAGUAAGCAUAGAAAAAAGUGAGGGUUUCUAGUUGUUUUUGUGGUAUUCAACCAGCAAGUUGUUUUCUUUCAGAGUUUCCUCCUUCAGAAGAACUUAGUUGCCUUUAUAAAGGUUUUACAAGGCAGGAGCAUUAGCUGAAUAGUUAAUGUGAAGCAGUUUCCUCUUGAGUCUCCAUUUAUCAUUCUGCUAAGCCAGAAUGUGCACAGUUGUUUCACUGAUUGUUUUGAAGCUUAAUCUUCUGUGCUUAUUAUUACUCAUAUAACAAUAACAUUUUUCAGUUGCAUUUUAUUUCAGCUAGUCAAGAGCAAAGUUAUUUUGCAUUAAAAUGUAUGCGGAACUCUCCCAAGAAAGUAUUUAAUCCUCCAUUGUGAAUGGAAGAGCUUGUACAUCACAUCCUGUCACAGAGCAUUUGUGUUAUGGGAUGUUUGAUUUACAGAGUUAAGGUAUGGUGUGUUCCAGCAAACCAUUUAAAAGUGCUUUGGGGUCAAAUUGUCUCUCUUUUUUAAAUGUUACAUUACGUUCUAACCAUAUGAGGGGUUCUUUGAUAUACUCCUUUGACAGUUGAGCAGUGUGCCUUUUUUUCUUUUUUUUCUUUUUUUUGCUUAAA